AUGGAGUGGAAUACGUCCACACUGAACGAGUCAAACCUACAUUUAGUAUUUCCGCCAACGCCUGCAUAUGUCUAUAUCACUGAAUUGAUUCUCGGUAUCAUCGGCACCAUGGGAAAUGCACUUGUUAUCAUUGUGGUCAUCAGUACGCCGAAAAUGAAAACUCUCACUAAUUACUUCAUCAUCAAUUUAGCUGUGGCCGAUUUUAUGACCUCGGCGUUGCUAGUACUGAACAGGUUCUUGCCGAAGGUUGUGACAUUCGUUACACCUAGUGGUAUAGCAGGACAAUUCUACUGCAGGUUGUAUUUUAGCGCUCAGUUUUUCUGGUUCAGCAUAAAUACGUCAUCUUUCAACUUGCUUCUCGUUACCAUGGAAAGGUACUUUGCCAUCGUGUAUCCAUUGUCAUAUGAUAAAUACUAUACAACUGGAAAUGCAUUAGCAAUGAUAGCAAUGGCCUGGAUCUCUAUGUUUGUUCUUCAGUUUGUUACAGUAAUCUUCCACGAUUACAAAAAUGGGAAUUGCAUGUUGUCUGUGUAUCCAUACGAGUGGGUUGGAAAACUCAUCGGUGUUUUAUAUUUCAUCAUUACAUAUUUCGUCCCAAUAUGCGUUAUGGCUUGGGCUUACUUCCGAAUUCUAUCCUGCUUGAAGGUCAGCGCCAACAAUGGCUCGACACCCUCCGCGGCAGAUGAUCAACUACAGGCCAGGUCCAUGCUGAAGGCACGCCAGCGAGUAAUAUGGAUGUUGCUUCUUGUCAUUGUAACGUUUGCAACCUGUUGGACGCCAGAUAGUCUACUAUUCCUUGCUUAUAACUUGGGAACAUUCAUAGACCUUGGCGCUGACUAUGUUAACUGCAUUGUGCUUCUCAAGUUUUCCAACUCAAUUCUCAACCCGUUCAUCUACGUCUUCAAAUACAAGCAGUUCAGAACCAGUUUCCUCAAGAAGUUCUGCCAUUGCUUACCUAUGUUAAAAAACAAGGUAAGUGAUGGUAGUACGGGUAGCGCGACAAUGCAAACCUGA